AAAACACGGGCCGCGUAUAAUUAAAGUGAAUUCGAGGCAGUUGCACAACAUGCAAUAGGAAAAUUCAAUAGCUUAGAAGACGAAACGUUCGAGUUACAUACAUCUGUGCUAGCAACAAAUGCAUGCUGAGGACGGAACGGAAACUGAUGAUGAGGAGUCCAGUCCAGACUGUCAGUAGCAUCGUACACGUCGUACUGCUGUGCUACUCAUAAACCUUUAAAAACAGUGAAGAAGAAAAGUCAAUUACAACGCCAGAAAGCCUUUUACACAAGAUAUUGAUAUACUAGCCGUGGGAUUGGAAAAGUUGAAAGAUCAGCAAGAUGACGGUCGAUUUUAACGACUAUUUUUGGGGCGAGAAAAACAAUGGCUACGACGUAUUAUACCACAAUAUGAAAUUUGGUCUGGUGGCCAGCAAGGAGUUGUCCGAGUUCCUCCGCGAAAAGUCCAACAUUGAGGAGCAGAACUCGAAGAUGAUGUCCAAGCUGGCCCACAAGGCUGGAACACUGAAUAGCACAUUUGCUCCGGUCUGGACAAUACUCCGCACAUCGGCCGAAAAGCUCUCCACCCUCCACUUGCAGAUGGUGCAGAAGCUGACUGAACUGGUCAAGGAUGUGGCCAAGUAUGCCGAUGAGUUGCACAAGAAACACAAGUCCGUUAAGGAGGAAGAGUCACAGACCCUGGAGUGUGUCCAGGCCAUUCAGACAUCCACGGUGGCGGUGCAAAAGCUGCGGGAUCUCUACGCUGCCAAGGUCCAGGAGCUGGAGAAAUUGCGAAAAGAUAAUGGCUCGCACAAGGAUGCCGAGAAGCUGGAGAGCAAGCUCAAGAAACUGCAGGAGGAGUACAAGGCACUCCUGGACAAGCAUAAUCCCAUUAAAAAUGAGUUCGAGAGGCGCAUGACGCAGACCUGCAAGCGCUUCCAAGAGAUUGAGGAAGUCCAUUUACGUCAGAUGAAAGAGUUUCUGUCCACUUACCUGGAAAUGCUGCAAAACAAUCACGACAUGGUGGGUCAAGUACAUUCCGACUUCAAGAGACAGUUUGUUGACAUGUCCGUGGACAAGCUCCUGGAACAAUUUGUGCUCAACAAGUACACUGGCCUGGAGAAACCUGAAAUGCCCGAGCUAGAGUAUGUCGCCUUGUCCAGUGGGUCCCGACUCCAGCAGCCGCAGACCUCGGCCACCGCGUCCAACUCGAAUUCGGCCACCAGUAUUCAGGCCGCUCUAAGAGCUGGUGGCAAUCCAACGACCACAGUUUCGGGAAGUGUAGUGUCCAUGGAUCAGCGCGGAGAUGCCUUGGGCGCCAUCUCACUGGGCAGCGGGAGCGCGGCCAGCGGUAGUAUUCCCUACACCGAGGACCCGAUACUUGGUGGAGCUUUGGGCUCGCCGCGACCCACAUCGCCGGACAUGCUGGGGGCCAGUGCAGCAGCGGCUAGUCAAACGCAGCCAGCUGGCGGAGCCACGUCCACUGUUAAGAGCCUGCGCUCCUGGUUCUUGCCUACUGCCAAGCAGCAGCAGUCGUCGACGGGCGCCAGCAAUUUCGGUAUGAGCGGGAGCGGAAGCGGCAGCAACAAUCAAACCACAAAUACCACGACAACAACAGCAACAGCAAUCAACAGUAGCAACAAUUUGAACACCAACAACACUACAACAACUACAACAAUAGCAACAACAACUGGCACGAAUAAUCUCACCACCAAUAUUAUCACCAAAAAUUCCCCUAACUCUGAGGAUACUAGCAAUCAAGACCAGGCACAACAGCCGGCAACAGAGGCCUUAACUCCCACUGCUACUGCGACGAAAAAGCAAGCAUUGAAUGCAACGACAAGCGAGCAGCAACUAUCGAAAUCAUUAAAUGAGCAAGACCAUCUCCAGCAGACGGUGGCAGCUUCUUCAGCUUCAGGAGCAGCCUCAUCCGCCGCGACAACGACCACAACGUCCAGACGUGCAACGUCACUUUUAAAUAUAUUCACAUCGAACUCUCAGGUCUCUGGUAUUUUACGAAGUCGUCGCGACAAAACCAAAACCAAAAAGGCAAAGAAAAAGAAAGACAAUGAGGCUGCAGAGCACAUACAGGAGGAACGACUUACCAGUGCGGAUCGAGCCAACAAUACGCUGCUGGACUACGACGACCAUGGCCGCAGCAUGAAGACUCAAAAUUCCAGCGGCAGCAGUGCAGGCGGUGGCUUGGCCGCACUGUCGGCCACUUCGGCGCAGGGCAGUGUCGAUUCAGCAGGCGCCAGCAGCAUGGGCGGCAGCGGUGGAGUAGCAACUGGUGCCAGCGGUAGUCUACCCAAUGCAGGUGCUCUUACGACCUCGGCUUCGGCUACAGCACCCGGUGGCUCAAGUGGGAAUGGAACCGGCUAUGAAGUGGAUGAAGAGGGCUUCAGCAUACAGCCAGCCAAGGAGAUAGCCUGGGAAGAGGGUCAGGAUAAAUCUGGCAGUUUUUAUUCUGACUCGGAUACGGACUCGGACAAUGACAAGCAGGAGCGGCGGAUUCAUGUGAGCAUCAAGCCACUGAAGAAUGGUCAAGCGCCCAUGUCGGCCAGUGUGGAUGAGCUGCGCGCCACUGUUGAAAAUAUUUCUCUGUCUCCAACUGGAGUCUUUUCACAUCACAGCCAGCAACUGCAGGGAGCACGUGGAGCCCCAGCGUCGCGCCAGCAGUCGCCGGAAAUAUCGAACGCUUCGACGCCGACGGCUAGUGUUCAUCCUUAUGCCCCGCUCCAGAGCCCGACGCUGUCCAAUAACAAUAACAAUGCUAAUAAUACGACCAACAACCGCUAUGCGGAUCUGGGCGACAUAUUCUCCGAGCUUGGUGAUAUGAGCAUGUCUGCACCGGCAUCGGCAACGCUGGGCAAACCGCCAGGCAGGCAAAUACCCACACCAACAUCAGCGGCGUCCACAGGCGGCAGCAUAGCCAUACCGCGGCCGCCAUCGCGACGCUCUGAUAUGAUAGCCAUUGGACCAGCGGCCACGGGGGGCACUGCCCCUGGACGCGGGCGUAUGUCUCCGGCCCCGGUAACGGCCAUGAAUCGAGCGGAAAGCAUUGGCAGUCUUGAGUUCCGCACAGCCAUAGGGGGUGUGGGAUCGUCGCGGGGUCCCUCGCCGCUGACGAUCGGUAUUUCGGACACCAUACCGCUGGCGGUGGCAUUCCAUGAGAUCAUUCAUGCCUAUUUCCGGGGCAGCGACGAAUCCAGAUGCCAGGUGAAGGUGUCCGGUGAUAUGAUGCUAUCAUUCCCGGCCGGCAUUGCCGGCCUAUUAGCCAAUAAUCCCAAUCCAGCCAAGCUGGGUUUUCGCAUUAAGCACGUUCAGAACUUGGAGAAUAUGGUGCCCAACGCGAAACUGGUCCAGAUAGAUCGCCAGCAGUCGAGCAGCCUGAGCACAAUGCUUGAGUUCAACAUGGGAGCCUUGACGGCCCUGCUGCGAAGGCAGGCGGAGAACAAUCCAACGGCAUCCUACUUCAAUGUGGACAUACUUAAGUAUCAGGUGCGCACCAAACCGGGGGCCAGCUCGUGUCCCUUCCAGCUGGUCAGCUACUGGAAGUGUGAGUCCAGCUACACGGCCCUCAAAGUGGACUACAAGUACAAUAAUCAUGCCAUGGCCAGUGCCUCGCCUCUGCUAAAUGUCACGCUCUCGGUGCCCGUAAACGGAUCUGUCCGCAAUGUCCAGUCUAAACCACAUUCUGCCUGGUUGGGUGAAUCAAAUCGUUUGGUUUGGAACUUCACCGACAUAUCGCAAAAUUCUCAGGACGGCGGCGUGGGCACUCUGCGGGCCCGUCUAGAGCUCAACGAUGGUCCUUCGACGCCGGCUCUUCUGGCGACCCAGUUCAAUUGCGAAGGCACCACGCUCUCGGGCAUCGAAUUCGAACUUCAGGGCAGCGGUUAUCGUUUGUCGCUGGUUAAGAGGCGCUUCGUUUCCGGCAAAUAUGUGUGCGAGGGCGAUGGCAUACGUAGUGGAGCAACGCCCACCCCGCCGUCAGUGGGCUCAACCAGUCCGUAUUCGGCAAAGUCAAAUUAAUCGCUCCCCGACUCUAAAGACAGCUUUUAUAGGAGCGAGAACGGGAACGGAAAAAUGGCAAUAUGGCAAUAGGCUCGUGAAAACCUAGAGAAAUUUUUGUAACUAAGCUUAAAUACGAGACAAACACAAGGAUACCCAAACCAUAUUUGAUUACAGACACAGGACUAGUGGCGCCUUAUGAGUUA